AUGUCGUCCAAGAUACGAGAGCUCUGUAAAGAUUUCUGSGGCUACAGCACUCURCAUGGUCURCAYUUCUUGUUCGAYUCGCCAUGGACUAUUCGUCGAGCCAUCUGGUCCUUACUGCUGCUUACUGCAACAUUUUGGUUUUUCUAUCAAGCUCAUGGGGCUCUCAUGAAAUGGAGGAAAUUUGAAGUUUACAUUACAACAAAAAUCAAACGCGAAAAGGACCUAGAUUUCCCAACGGUUACUGUAUGCAACAAGAAYAUGUUAAAAAAGAGCAAGAUAAUUGGGAAAGACGGACAGCUAUGGCUGGAUGGACAAAACAACCAGCUAAAAAAAGAAUGGCCAGAAAUUCACAGCAAAAUAAACGCUUCUUUCGACAUUGGAAAGGAACUACUUAUGAAUGGGCAUCGUGCACACGAUGUGAUCAAAGGAGUGAAGUUUGAUAACUCGUGYCCCGGGACACUUAACAUGACUACGACGACAUUUUUAACUGGGAUGUUUGGGUUAUGCCACACCAUUCAUAUCAAGAACAAGGUGCAUAAGCUUGGGGAGAGUUUUGGAUUGACCUUGAUGCUAGACUCUGAGCCCCACGAGUAUUAUGGGAAAAACAGCUGGGAUGGGAGUGGGUUUAGACUAAUGGUCCAUGAACCUGGCACUAUUCCAGAAAUGGACAAGUACGGUAUUGAUAUUCCUACUGGAUUUAAAACCAAUCUCAGAGUUCAAAAAAAGAAGAGAGUCCAUUUGCCUCAUCCUUACCCAGCCAAAUGCGGCACAAAGAAGCUCAAAAGUACAAAUGUUUACUCUGAAAACAGAUGCCGAGCGGAAGAAAAUUCUAACGUUAUAGGAGAAAAUUGUGGCUGUCGCAUGCUUGGAUUACCUGUUAUUAAGGAGGAAUAUAGMAGAUUCUGUAACAUUGUCGAAAUGAUGACAUGCGCAUACCCUACUUACUACAUGACGUUUACCAGCGAAUGUCCAGUGCAAUGUAGCAGCGUGACUUACGGAACCCACAGUUCACUGAUCGUCUUUCCUUCAAAGUCAGGGUUUCGCGAUUCACAGGAUAAAGUUAAGAAAAUUAGGGUUUGUGGUGUCACUCAUGAACUGGAGAGAGAGUUCAACAACUCAAGAAUUGACGACGAAUCAUACUUUGACUGGUUUAGAGGCAGAUAUGCUAUGGUCAAUGUUUUCUUUGCUUCAAAAGACGUUGCAGUAACACAAGAAAUGCCUGUCUUUGAUGCCUUAGAUUUUGCUGGAAACCUUGGUGGUAACAUGGGUCUUUACUUGGGAUGUAGUGUUUUGACACUGGUCGAGUUCGUUGAUUUGCUUGCAUUAGUCUUCAUCCAUUGUAUUGUAGUCCUGUAA